AUGACGACGAGCCAGGACGCCGCGAACAGCGACCUCCCGGCGCCGACCUCCGACCUCGGCGCCCUGACCAAGGCAUUCUCGAUCAAGGGCCUCACCCAGAAGGACAUGGUGGCGCUCUCCGGCGCGCACACCAUCGGCCAGGCCCGGUGCGUCAACUUCCGCGGCCGCCUCUACAACGAGACCGCACCCAGCCUGGACGCGACGCUCGCCACGUCGCUGAAGCCGAGGUGCCCGUCCACGGACGGCACCGGCGACGACAACACCUCGCCGCUGGACCCCUCCACGUCCUACGUGUUCGACAACUUCUACUACAAGAACCUCCUGCGGAACAAGGGCCUGCUGCACUCGGACCAGCAGCUGUUCAGCGGUGGCGGCUCGGCUGACGCGCAGACCACCGCGUACGCGUCCGGCAUGGGCGCCGGCUUCUUCGACGACUUCCGCGACGCCAUGGUGAAGAUGGGCGGCAUCGGCGUGCUCACUGGAUCCAGCGGGCAGGUCAGGGUGAACUGCAGGAAGGCCAACUGA